UACAGAAGAGAUGAAAUGUGGUCUGAGGGACGAUAUGACUAUGAAAGACUUCCAAGAGAACGAGUACCUCCUCGAAGUCACCCCAGUGAUGGCUACCAUAGAGUAGUUAAUAUUGUGCCAAAGAAACCACCACUGCUAGACAGACCUGGUGAAGGAAACUACAAUAGAUAUUACAGUCAUGUUGAUUACCGAGAAUAUGACGAGGGCCGCAGUUUUUCUCAUGAUCGAAGAAGUGGUCCACCUCACAGAGGAGAUGAAUCUGGCUACAGGUGGACAAGAGAUGAUCAUUCCGCAAGCCGACAGCCUGAAUACAGGGACGUGAGAGACGGCUUUAGAAGAAAAAGUUUCUACCCUUCCCAUUAUGCAAGAGACCGAUCUCCUCAUAAAAGAGACCCUCCUUUUUUCAGAGAAUCGCCUGUAGGUCGAAAGGAUUCUCCACACAGCAGGUCUGGCUCCAGCGUCAGUAGUAGAAGCUACUCUCCAGAAAGAAGCAAAACGUACUCUUUGCAUCAAUCUCAACAUAGAAAGUCCAUCCGUGCUGGUGCCUCCUACAAACGGCAGAAUGAAGGAAAUCCAGAAAGAGGUAAAGAGAGACCUGUUCAGUCUUUAAAAACAUCAAGAGACACUUCACCCUCAAGUUCUUCAGCAGUUCCUUCAUCAAAGGUGUUAGACAAACCCAGUCGGCUAACCGAAAAGGAACUUGCUGAGGCUGCAAGCAAGUGGGCUGCUGAAAAGCUGGAAAAGGCAGAUGAGAGUAACUUACCUGAAAUUUCUGAGUAUGAGGCAGGAUCCACAGCACCACUGUUUAUUGACCAGCCAGAAGAACCUGAGUCAAAUGCAACAGAUGGCAUGGAAUUAUUUGAAGACAGUCAGCUAACCAGUCGCUCUAAAGCAAUAGCAUCAAAAACCAAAGAGAUUGAACAGGUUUACCGACAAGACUGUGAAACUUUCGGGAUGGUUGUGAAAAUGCUGAUUGAAAAAGAUCCUUCAUUAGAAAAGUCUAUACAGUUUGCAUUAAGACAGAAUUUACAUGAAAUAGGUGAGAGGUGUGUUGAGGAACUCAAACAUUUCAUUGCAGAGUAUGACACCUCUAGUCAAGAUUUUGGAGAGCCUUUUUAGAAAAUUGCUCAGGCAAAA